GACGUGCGGACUUGUGUUGACAUGACACUUGACUGAUACACAACAGGACGGAACCCUGGGACACUGGGAGUUUCCUCCUCUCGUUACACCGGACACCGCGUCUUCAGCUCGGGCACAAGUAAACUUCCACGCUCGCGUGCGUGUCGCUGUCUUUCGUCUUCAGUUCGGUUGUAGUUAGUUUUUGUGGAGGCUCCGGCUCGCGGCUCGGUUGUCUGACCGCCGCGCAGCUCCUCUCUCACGGCAGAUACCGGAGGAAACAGCCGGGAACUUUAGUGUCACAUGAAGGAGCGAAGAGGCGCUUCUUUUUUACACCACCCGAAGCCAAAGUGAGAAACGGUGACGACCUGGAAGUCGAAAGAAGAAGUUUGUGAAAAAGAGGAAAAAGAAAGCGACAGAAAGGACAAGAAAGAUGGGGAGAAAAAAGAUUCAGAUAGCCCGGAUUAUGGACGAGCGAAACAGACAUGUCACAUUCACCAAGCGAAAGUUUGGCCUGAUGAAGAAAGCGUACGAGCUGAGCGUGUUGUGCGACUGUGAAAUCGCCCUCAUCAUCUUCAACAGCACCAACAAGCUGUUUCAGUAUGCCAGCACCGACAUGGACAAGGUUCUGCUCAAAUACACUGAAUACAACGAGCCUCACGAGAGCAGGACCAACUCUGACAUCGUGGAUACGCUGCGUAAGAAGGGCUUAAACGGCUGCGACAGCCCCGACAUCGAGGCUGACGACUCUGCUGGCCAGAGCCCAGAGUCUGAGGACAAGUACCGCAAAAUCAACGAGGACAUCGACCUGAUGAUCAACAGACAGAGGAACUGUCAGGGUCUGCCUCCUUCCAACUAUGACAUGGGCGUGACCAUCCCAGGCAACAAUGCCAGUGGACUGCUGUACUCCCACACGGGCCUAGGGGGCAGUCUCGGCAACCACAACCUGCUGCCCAUGUCCCACACUCUCCCGUCCCUGCAGAGAAACAGCAUGUCCCCACAAAGACCCUCAAGCACUGGAAAUGUUGUACUGAUGGGUUCAGAGCUGUCCAGCACUGUGGUCUCCACUGUGGGAAACGGCAGCUACAGUAACCACUGCACCUCCCCGGGCCUGCUGUCUCAGGGAGGAGUCUCCAAAAACAUGCACGACAAGAGUCCGCCUCCACCCCAAAUGCACAUGAGCCGCAAGCCUGACCUCCGAGCCCUGAUGCCCCCCUCCCACAAGAGCAACAACAUGCCAAGUGUUAAUCAGAGAAUCAAUCACUCUCAAACGGCUCAAACGCUGUCGACUCCUGCCGUCUCCCUUGCUGCUCAGACUCUACCUGGACCAGGGAUGGGCGGGUAUCCGUCAACACUCACCUCCUCCUACGGCACAGAGUUCUCGCUGGGAACCGACCUGUCCUCUCUGUCGGGCUUUGGAGGUUCUGGUCUGGGAUCUGUGACAAACUGGCAGCAUCAGCAGAUCCAGAAUAUGCAGCAUCCAGCACUUGGACACAUGGGGAACUUGUGUCAGAACUCGAACCUGAACCUCACCUCCGCUCAUCAGAACCUGCACAUUAAAUCUGAGCCCGCCUCCCCCCCCACAGACCGCAGCAUCGGCAUGGUCGGCGGAUUCUCCAGCCGGGGGCCCAGCGACCCGGGCCGCUCCCCCGGCGACAGCGGCUCCAGCUGUGGGAGCUCGUAUGAAGGCAACGAGGAGCGCGAAGAUUAUCACGGCAGUGACGACUUCCUCCUCCGACCUCUGUCCACUCAGGACGAGCACCACAGCCCGUCGGUCAAACGGAUGAGGCUAUCAGAGGGCUGGGCCACAUGAUGGGGGCCGGUCCACAACCAGAGGGGAAGGGAUGUUAGUAAAGUUACCUUAUAGUGUUAUUAUUAUAAUUAUUAUAAUCCAAUUCUUCUUGUACUGAGUGGGUGUGUUAUGUGUUUAAUGGUAACAUGAGUCAGACAGGGUCAGUCUGUUCCUAUCAUACAGUGAUGUAUUUAUAAUAUGUACACUAGAGUCUAUGACUAUGACUCUUGGGAGAUUAGGACAGGGAAAACAAUCUUGUAAGAAAUGGUCUGUAGUUUUGUAGCUAAGCUUCAAAACUUUACAAAAACAUCUCAGAGGAAAGGAAAAUGUAGGAGCUUCAAUUGUUCUCAGAUGAUUUGACACAGUUGAAGUCAAAGAAAAAGUUCUGAGAAGAUUAGAACUCCUAACAGUAAAUAUUGACACUACAGCGAGGUCAGUUAGCUCAGCUUAGCACAAAGAAUGUAAACGCAGAUAAAAACCUGGUCCUGGAAUAACUGGAAUAAUAAUAAAUAAAUAAAAAUAAAUCACUUGCACGUUGGUGAGCCAGAUCACAUUUUAAAGUCACUCACAAGAGACCUUAUUAAUUAUUCACCAGAAGUAAGAGCAGUAUGAACUAUGAUGCAGUAAACAUGGCCGAUGACAACAAUUCUGAUGUAUCAAUAAGCAGCUGGACAUUUGGUGCCGCUAUCCAUACUUAUUUUUAUUCUAAUCUAGAUUUGGAAUUGGAAAAUGUAGCAAAUGUCUCUGUUUACUCUCCUGCCGUCGUGGCUGAGAGUUUGGCCUCCCUUUGCUAACUUGAAAUUAUCCAUAGGUAUCAGUAUCGAUAAUCAUCACUAUCAAUAAGUAUCAGUAUUGAUAAGUCUCAGUAUACAUAAGCAUCAGUAAACAUAAGUAUCAGUAUCGAUAAUCAUCACUAUCAAUAAGUAUCAGUAUACAUAAGUAUCAGUAUCGAUAAGCAUCAGUAUACAUAAGUAUCAGUAUCGAUGAAAACAAUGAUACUCAUCCCCGUAAGUUUUCAUCUUACAAACAGACAACAUUUGAUCUUUAAAGCAUUUUUUGACUUGAAAAAAAUGAAAACUAUGAGAUUGAUGAAAGAAUAAAACUAAUCUCAGGACUAUUUCUUACAAGUUGUACACAACCUGUGGGGUGUAGGACGUUAUUUGACGCAGCUCUUUUUUUUGAAACGUGAUGUUUCCGUUCAAUACAAAGCUGUUAACGGCACAGGAUAUUUGUGCAAAUGUAUGCAAACUAACUACGGUAGAGGUGGUUCAGUCUGGUACUCUGGGGUUAAACCACUGCACACAGGACGUGCUGCAGGUUCUGUUGCAGGUUCAACACAUGUAACGCGUGAAAGCACACACUUUUAAAAAGGUGAACACAUGGAAGGUCAAAGGUGGGAAAUGAAAGAGUGCGAGUAUGUGCAGUGAAAGAGAGAGAGAUGAGAGUCAGAGGAGAGAAAUGGAGAGAAAGAAGGUUUUUUGGAGUGAUUUGCAACAGGUUGCAUAGAGAAGAAGAAGUGAAGACACAUAGUGAGCGUUAGUGAAUCACUUUCAGACCAUUUUUUUUACUAAAUAACUACAAAUGAACCACUGCUGAAUGCUUUUAAACUACCUUUGUUUUACAAUUAAAGAGAAAAAAGGUUUUUAAAGUUAAAGAAAUAACAUUUAGUUUGUGAGUAAGCAAAGUUAAAUAACACAGAAAAGACAUUUAAGAUGAAACAUUAAAAUCAUAUGUGUAAUGGUUUUUAGUAUUGAACGGUGGUUUGAUUUCCAAAGUUAGAAGUGGGUUUUUGGUCUAAACUGAUGAGAAAUGAGUGGUGGAUAAGACACAGAGGGCGUUAGCACUCGCGUUAGCAUGUGUGCUAACAGUGAAAAGUAAAAGCCAUAAACAACAGGACAGUGAUGCUUUUUUCUUUAUUAUAUUAUGUUUCCUUCCUUAUAUCAAACAUGUUUUGGGAUGUCUGCAGCGUCAUGAUUAUAAGUACUAUUAAUAUUAUUAUUAUUUUUAUUAUGAAGUCAUGAAAAUCAGGAAGCACAGGUGCGCAUGACUUUUCUACAAAACAUUCAGGGAAAUAUUUUUUUUACCCAGUUAUAAAGUGAACAAAUCUGCUGUAGCUGUGCUGUAGCUGGUGUCAGAGCCAACGUGGUCUCACAGCAGCGCCACCACCUGUCACUGUGUGUUCAUUACAACAUACUCAUUACGCCAUAUCUUAAAAGGUCAAGUUUUGGACGAGACGGCGACUAAAGCUUGUACCAGUGAGACGAGCAUAUUUUAUUUUGACAUAUUUAGAUUCAGAUUUUUCUGUAAAUGGAAGAAUUUCUUAUAUCCUCAUCUCCAUGGCUCAGCAGAGGAUUUGAAUCGGGUCAAAUCACAACAUACAUCGGCAGUGAAAUCAUUUUUGUGCCUUGUACCUGAACUUGGUCCGACACCAGCUACAGUCAGAGGCUGAACACAGUAGUUUAAGUUUUUAUAUAUAUAUAUACAUACAUAUAUAUAUAUAUUUAUAGGGUGGCUAAGGGUUGUUCACAUUUGAAUAUUUUGGUUGAAGAACUGUAUAUUUGGAGAAUCAAACCCUCGGUCACAUUGUGCCACAUUAAAAUCCCCGUAGUUUCUCUGGUGUGAAAGAUGCUGCUGUUUCUUUACAAAAUGAUUUAGUUUAAAGAAAUAAAAACAAGGGCAGAGCCCAGAUUUGUUUUCAUGAUGAUGAUUGUCGUCUCCAGGUCGGUCAGCUCCUCGCUCAGAUUUUCUGCACUAACUAACUAAGCUGACUGAGGUCAGGAGGUCACACAAAGACAAGGUGGAGUGUGGACUAACCAAAGUGUGAAAUAUGCUGUAUAUUUGUGUUUUCUGUUACCUCUGUCACUGCCUGGACCCACUCAUGCUUCAAAAGAUUGUUUUUUAUAUUGGCAACGUUGGUGAAUGUACUCUGUACUGUACACUUCUAUAAUCUGAGGUCACACACAGCAGCGCUGGAGCUCAAUGUUAGCGGCAUAAGCUGGCCUUUGUCGCCACUGUCGCCACUGAAUGAUACUCAGACAAGAAAAAUAAAGAUCACGUUCAGCUGUUCCCUCGCUCACAAAUGUGCUUGUAUUUGUAUUUUGCAGGAAAAAAAAAAACUUUAAAUAUACAGGCUCUGUUACAAA